AUGUUCCCUUCGUCAGCGGCGAUGCUGAAAAAUCUGCAACAAAGUGCAAUGACCUCGCCCUUUUUGAUGGAGAACUUGCUCCAGAGCAAGGCGUCGCCCGGUGCCGAUCUAACCAGUUUGACCUUGAACUGGGCGGCUAGUCUGGUAGCGAGGCAACGGGAACGGGAAUGCGAGGCAAACUUGAGGAUCUCCAGAGAGAAGGUGUCGCCGUCGAGCGCGAAUCAAGAUCAGCUGGAUCAACGAUCGUCGGUCGGUACACGUGGUACGGAUCGAGGGAAUCCGAUGAUCGACUGCAGAGACGAGCAAAGAGGAUCGUCCGGGAGGAUCGACCGACAGAACGAUCGUAUGCACAUUCUGCAGGAGAAGGAUGGCAUGGAGAGGAGUCAGAUCACGUACGUAGACGUUGACAACGAGAGAAUCGACGGACACGUAAUCGUAGAUCGUCUCUGCGCGAUGGAGAGGCUUUGUAACGAGAGGAUCGAGAACCGAUCGGGUUCGGCGGUGGAUUCGUGCAACUCGAACGUCGACGAGGAUCCGACCGGUAUCGAGAUGGACGGAGGACUUCAAGGCGAGAGGGAAAAGGACGAGGGAAUUCUGAGCGGCGAACGCGUGACGGCAUUACAGCCGGAUGGCCAGUACGACCUUGGAUGCAGAAACGUCAUGCACACGUUCAAUGAGAUGACGAUUCAAGGGGAGAGAGAGGUGGCGGUCAAGCGUGUCGUCGACAGGAUAGGUGAGAGAACGACCUGCGGCGACGAGCAGUGCUUAGGACCCGCAUGCAGGACCAUCCAGAAGGAGAAGCCGCAGCUCAAGUUCAGCGUCAACGCUAUACUCGGCGGCAAUCAUGACAGGCGACCGCAUUCGGAGGAUUUCCAACGACUGUCACCGGAAGCGAUACCGGCGUUUCUGCAGAAUUUACAAAAUUCUGCGAAUUACAACAUAGCGAAACCGAUCGCCAGACCGGCAGCUUAUCAUCCGUAUCACAGGCCCAGUCAUCAGCCGCCACAGCGUCAUUUACCCCCAAAUGCGCACCACACGUUGCAACAAUUAUUCUACAGAGGACCAUACUUGACAGUUGCCGGUUCCGGAACUGGAGGUCAUCAUCCCGGUGCCCCAGGUGGCGGGACAGCGUUUCCAGGUGCGAUUCAAGGUGGGCUGGGCGAUUUCACGAGCACUGGCCUGGUAUUUCCAUGGGCGACGAACGCUCGUGGAAAGCCACGUCGAGGAAUGAUGAGAAGGGCGGUUUUCUCGGACCUUCAAAGACGUGGCCUCGAGAAGAGGUUUCAGAUACAGAAGUACAUCAGCAAGCCGGACCGCAAGAAGCUGGCUGAGAAGCUCGGUCUGAAGGAUUCCCAGGUAAAAAUUUGGUUUCAAAAUCGACGAAUGAAGUGGAGAAAUAGUAAAGAGAGGGAACUAUUAGCAACCGGUGGUUCUCGUGAGCAAACAUUACCGAACAAGAACAAUCCGAAUCCUGAUUUAAGCGAUGCUGAUGGUGACAAACCGAGGAUGGACUUGAGCGAUGUGAGUCCUUUGACGAGUCCUCAACGACCAGAAGAACAAACAGAGAAUGAAGAAGAUGAAGAGAUCAAUGUCACGUGAUGAAAUUCUAGCAAAAAUCCUGAUGAGAACGUGUUCGUUUGAUGGAACGCAGCCCUGGCUCACGACUCAGGAUUCAUAAGGAACAAUUAGCAGGCGGCAAACGGAAGCGGAUGGAAAAAUCAUCCGAUGAAAUUCAAACGAAAUUUCAU